CCAGUCGUUAUUACAACAGCCGCAGCACAGUCUACAACGCCAGUACAAAAGUUUCGUGUUACCCCCCACGAUUUACAGAUUUUAGAGGGCACCGAUACACUGUUGCGUUGUGAGGUGGCCAAUCGUGCCGGCCAAGUUCAAUGGACCAAAGAUGGUUUUGCGUUGGGUUUCUCCGCGGUGAUUCAUGGUUUUCCCCGUUAUUCGGUUCUGGUCGAUGCCGCAAACGGCGUUUACAAUUUACAAAUUAAGAAUGCCUCCCUGGAGGAUGAUGCCGAGUAUCAGUGUCAAGUAGGACCUGCCGCUGGUAAUCCAGCCAUUCGAGCUAAUGCCAAAUUGAGUAUUGUGGCCGCACCCAGUUCCAUUUCGAUAGAUGGUUAUGCUCCCAACACUAAAGUGGAGGUAAUUGAAAAGCAAAAUUUGACCUUGAAAUGUAUUGCGGAGAAUGCCAAUCCAGCUGCGAAUUUGGUGUGGAACAGUAAUAAUGUACCAAUAACUGGAGUUAAACCCCAUGUUGAAAUUACCGAAACCGCCCCAAAACGUUUCACUACGGUAUCAAUAAUCACAAUACAACCCAAAGCCGAUGAUGAUUAUAAAGAUUUCUCCUGUGAGGCCAAACACAAGGCCCUGCCACCUGAUGUACAUAUGCGUUCCGGCGUACAGUUGUCUGUUUUGUAUCCUCCCGGUCCACCAUUCUUCGAAGGUUACACUCAAGGUGAAACUUUACGUAGAGGACAAAAUGUUAAAAUUGCCUGUCGUAGUCGUGGUGGCAAUCCUCCGGCCCAAUUGGUUUGGUAUAAAAAUGGCCAAGUUAUCAGUUCACCACAAAGAACAUCGGGACGUCUAUCGGAAAAUGUUUACAAUUUUGUAGCCGAAGCUGCUGACAAUGGUGCCCAUUUGGUGUGCGAAGCCAAGAAUAUUUUGUCGAAUACCGCAUUUAAGGCCGAACUCAAUCUAACAGUUUUGUUUGCCCCCAAAGAAGUUACAAUUUCCGGCGCCACAGAGGCCAAAGUCGGUGAUGUUGUCCAGUUGACUUGCAUCACAGCGCCCUCCAAUCCACCGGCCCGCAUUAGUUGGUCGCUUAAUGGACGCCCGCUGGGCAACUCCACUUACAAGACGCAGAAGAGCAUCGAAGGUGGUUGGUUUUCCACAUCGAAUGUCUCCAUAACCAUUGACUCCAAUUCACGAACAUUUGUGGCUGUUUGUCAUGCUCUAAAUGUGGAUCUGACACAAAAUGUGGUGGGUUCCCACAGUGUCAAUGUCUUGUAUCCACCCUCGCCACCCUUGUUGACAGGCUACAAUGACGGUGAUGUCAUCACUUCGGGUUCGGUAAAGAAAUUGCAAUGUUCUUCAUCUGGUGGCAAUCCACCACCCGCCCUGACUUGGUACAAAAAUGAUAAGAAACUCAAUACCCAGUCAAAGGUUGUGGACUCGAAAAUCACAUCGGAGUUGACGAUAUUGGUGAAUGCCUCCGACAAUAAUGCCAUCUAUAAGUGUGAAAUACAAAGUCCUGCCAUUGAGAUACCUCUGUUUGCAACAAAAACUCUAAAUGUCCACUUUCCACCUGAAACCGUUAAAAUAUCUGUUGAACCAAAGAAUUUGGUACCCGGUAUCCGAGCGAAACUUAUUUGUGACUCCAGUUCAAGUAAUCCACCAGCCAAGGUGUCUUGGUGGAAGGAUGGCAUUCCAGUGGAGGGUGUAAAUCUCUCAACGAAACCAGGUCUAUGGGGAGGUUCAGUUUCCACUUUGGAAGUUUAUGUUAAUAUUACCCAAGAUUUGGAUGGCAUUGUCUACACUUGUCAGUCAAUUAAUGAGGUCUUGCAGCGCAGUGUUCACGAAACUGUCAGUUUGGAUAUUUUAUAUCCACCCAAAUUUGAUAGUACCCAAAUGUCCACCUAUCUGGGUGUAGAAGGUGAACCUUUGCGCAUCGAAUUGCACGCCAGCGGUAACCCCAUGUCCAUGACCUACACCUGGACUAAGGAUGGCCUGCCGAUAAUGAGCAAUGCACCCGGCCAACGCAUAAUAUCCGAUGGAGCCACCCUGAAUAUUAGCAAACUCUCGAGAAAUGAUGCAGGUAGCUACAUUUGCGAAGCCAUGAAUUCUCAGGGUACAGCCAUUAUGGAAAUACAAGUGGUCGUUGAAUAUCCGCCAUCAAUUGAAUCGGUUACAGAUGGCUCCAGUUUUGCCGAAGGCGAUGAUGCUGUUUUGGCCUGUUCUAUUAUGGCUCGUCCUUUGGCCGCCGAACAUGUUACUUGGAUUAGAGCCGGUUAUGACAUGUCCGCCAGAACGACAAUAACCUAUGACAAUGGAACUUCGUACUUGCACAUUAGCCGUGUACAACGUUCGGAUAUUGGCAAUUUCACCUGUGUUGUUGACAAUCAAAGAGGACCACCUGCCCAAAGGGAUGUUUUGCUGGUUGUUCAAUCUGCUCCCGAAUUGGAUCAUUCACCUGCCCUGAUGCGGUUUGCCGCCCGUAUGGGUGAGCGUGGUCGUUUGGUGUGCAAAGCCUUGGCUGCCCCACAGCCCAGCUUUGUUUGGCGUCGCAGUGGCAAAGACCUGAAAAUGCGUCGCAAUAAAUUCAAGGCAUUGGAACGCAAACUGGACGCCUUGACUCAUGAGUCAACAUUAGUCAUAGAGAACACCUCGGCGGAUGAUUACGGGCAAUAUGAGUGUGUGGCUCGCAACACCCACGGUCAGGCCACUACCACCGUGGAAUUUUCCAAACCCACCCGGCCCGAUACACCCUUCGAAUUGUUGGUCAAUAAUGUCACAGAUAAUGGUGUGGAUUUGGCCUGGAUUCCUGGCUUCGAUGGCGGUCUACCGGUCUACUAUCGGCUGCGUUUCAAAAUCCACAACGAGGAUAAAUACAAAUACGUGGAUGCCAAACCAGGAAGUUUCAAUAUAAGCAUAGAUGGUCUAAAAGCGGGCAGCACAUAUUUGUUCUCGGUAAUGGCAGCCAAUGAAGCGGGUGGUAGUAAAUUCUUGCCGGAUAUUAAAUUGACUCUAACCAAAGGUUCCCAACCCUACUCAGCGGAGUUAAAUGAGAAAGAUGAAAUGCCCAAUAUGAUGAUUAUUGGUAUAACCUCUGCAGCGAUGGUCUUGUUGGUGUUGAAUGCCGCCUUGGUUGCGUGGUUUGUGAUUAGACGCCAGAACAAGAGCUCAGCAGAAGCGGAAGCACCUAAUGAUGAUGCCUACUCCAAGGAGGACAAUCAGUCAGUCUAUAAGUUGCCCAUUUCUGCUCUGCAGGCCGAUGUCCAGAAGCAGGCCACUUCGACAUAUUUGGUGGAGAAUGUCGAUAUCAUCCAAUCCACGGCGUAUCCACCCAAAUAUCAGGAGAGUUCUAUGUGUACCCCGCCCUAUAUGUGUAAUCCGGAUUUCACACGCACCCUGCCCAACCCAAAGCGACACAGUAAUCGUUCCGGCAUGCCCGAGCAGAUGAAUCGUUCCAAGGACGACCAUAUGCUAAUGUCUAAUGGCAUGUAUAUACCAUCACCGUCGCCCGCCUCGUCGCUUGUCAUCAAGGGCAGCUACAUAUCGUCGCCCUCGCCCGCCCCACCACCGGACGGUUCAUAUUUCAAUAUGAGCGACAAGUACAUCUCGUAUCCACCUGUGGCCUACUGAAGCAUUGCGGCUGUAGCUGUAGCAGUAGUGUCAACGUAAAUGGCCCGCAACACCCUCUCAUACCAAUGGUGGAAACUCAUAGAGCUUCUAAUACAGAAUAAGUAGACUGA